AUGAGAAAUUUAUUGUUCUUCUUUGCUGUGUUUCUAAUUUCCAGUGGUAAGAAAGUCAAUUUCAAACAGAUAUUUCUGAAAACUCAAACAGAAGUGGUCUUCGGUGGUUCGAAGUAUUUGGAAGAAAAGGACGACGACGACGAAUGGAAAGAGCCAGAAAAAAAGCACUACAGCCGUCAUAGAGGUCGCCAUGAACAUCACCCGCGAAAAUGGAGAGGUCAGUGUACUCUAAAACGGGAAAGUUAUUCAGAUAUCUUUUAAAAAUCGGAAGUAUCAUUAAGAUUAAAUUUUAUUUUAAAACAGGGAAAUUACUUUGCCAAAAUAUCAGCUUGUUUUAACAAAAAAGGUUAGAAGAUUGCAAAACUUCGAAAUUUUCAGAUGAAUCCUUUGAGGAAGAAUGCUCCUUCAACAUCGAUUUACAUGAAAGCUGUAAACAACCAGGAGUUUUGAAUGGUCGCGUCUGCUUCAAGCCGAAAGUUAGGGACGUCAACGUAUUCGCUUCCUGGGAGCAAGAAGCCAAGAUUGUUCAGUGCCGACAGAAUAAUGCAACCCGCACCGUGAGUUUUAGGUUUUUAUUCAAUGAGCUGAAGAUAAUUCUACUGUAUCAAAAAAACUCAAAAAAAUCAAAAAAACAGUUCAAUAAUAAAUAGUUUGCACUGUUGUAAGAAAUUGCCAUUUCACCUGUUUUUCAAUAUUCUGCCUCAGUCAAAUUUCGACAAUAAUGUGCUGAAAAAGAUAAAUGUCAACUUUUAUUCCUUUCCAAACGACAAAAAACAAGAUUUUCUUUCAGGUUUCUUUCAUCGUGAGUACUGGCCCGAUUUCCUCGGGACUUGCUGGAACUUCCAACGUAAGCCUUCUAGAAAUUAUAAUCAAAAUUAAAAUCCUAUUCUUCCUUACUUGUCAAUGGUUCAAAAUUAGCUGCGCAACUUGAAAGAGAUCAUGUUGAAGUCAAAAACCUUCGCUGUGAACUGCAACUUCUGAUUAAUUACAUAUGAAUUGAAGGAAUUUAAAUAAAUUUCAUUAUUGCUGGGUUUGAGAAAAAAAGUUAGUAUAAGCCAAGGAUGCUUUUUUUAUUCAAAGAGUGUUCCUUUUCAGUUAUUCGGCUGUUAAAAUGUGGUUAGUUUUAUCAUAUGUUUGAAAAACAAAAGUAACCUUUCACAUCACUUUCAAAUGUUUCCAGCAAAAAGUGAGAAAUUUUACAGUACCUCACCUGCAAGCACGGUCAAUGGUUCGCCACGGACCCAGAAGGCAACCACAUCAAGGUGAAAGAAGCUCGCUGUGAAAUUCAAGACGACGUCGUUACUACGACUUUAGCCCCUGGCGCAUCACCGUAA